AUGGGUUCCACGCUGUAUCCAUCACGUGCUUUUGAGUUACGUUUCUCGUCCUUUGAACAGGACUUGUUAAGGAAGUUGGAAGGUGAUGCAGCCGCUCUUACCUGUAGUAUUGAAGAUAAAGAUGCCGCAGCUCAAGAAAUCAGUAUUGCGUGGUAUCAAAAUGAUAAACCGAUCGAGAAGGAUAGGAUAUUUACAUUCAAUAGUGUUGGUAUCGCAGAGCUGAUGUUUGCUGCACCGACAGUUAAUGAUACCGGUGAUUACAAAUGUAUGGCAAAAAUUGGCGAUGAAGUUCAACAGACAAAAACAAUUCGAAUUGAAUUCAUCAGUAGGUUUUCUAAGCCAUAA